AAUGUCGAAUCUACUAUCACUACCAAGAUGCCAAUAUCCAAUCAUACGAUCCACAUAGUCCUACUUCAUCCAGUAAUAUGCCCACCAGUCCAAACGGCAAGCCGCGGAGAACAUCGGUGAGCAGCACAUCGCUUGCCGCUCAGUCCACCGCUAUGUUGACAGAUCAGCAAAUUGGAGACGAGUUUCGGAAACAACUACAGCUUGAGCGAAAGGCCAGUGAUGAUAGCAUGCAUUUUCAAACUACUCUCUGCCUUUGGUCAAGGAUUUGAACUAUCUAAUUACCAAAUCUUAACAGGAUUUGCCGUACUGGAGAAGUUUUAUUCCGAUCUACCAAGAGAACGAACGUGGGAUGUUGUAAAUAAUCUGGAAGAUAUCGACCUUGCUUCAAGGUUCUGGUCAUUUGCUAUUGCUGCUUAUGGCUGGCGAGGAAUACACUUUAUGGGCAAAGGCAAUGGUAUAUGGGCAGACGGGCUUCGCAAUCAAUCCGACAUGCUCAGUGUCGUGAAUUUUCUCAAGAUAUCCAACGAAGACAUGCUGGCAUAUGAAUGGCGCAAAACUGAAGUAUUCAGACCAUCUUAUUUCAUUGUCAGGGACAGGGCUACCAACUCAAUUGUACUCUCCAUCAGAGGCACCAUGAGCGCGUUCGAUACUAUGACGGAUUUGGCGUGCGAAUAUGAACAGUGGCGAGGCGGGCUUGUCCAUUCUGGUUGGAAGGCGUCUGCUCAAUGGUUUUUGAGAGAGGUGGGACCCAGUCUUAUCGCAUAUGCUAAUGUCCAUUCCACGUCAGCCUUGUAUAUUGUUGGACAUAGCCUCGGAUCAGGCACAGCAGCCAUACUGACCAUCAUGUUACUUGACUAUCUCGACGAAUUCCGAAAAGACAAUCCUGACUUCGAGAUCAAGUGCUUUGGGUAUGCGCCGACCUGUGCCAUGGAUCUUCACUUAAGUGAAAAGUACAAGGCCCAUAUCCAGAGCUUUGUGUUUGCCGAUGACAUUGUAUCCAAGCUAAGUUACGGCUCCAUGCUUGAUGCCAAGGCCAUGUUACUUGCCAGCGCAGAAGCAGCUCAAGAUUUGGGGGUUAGCAAAAUCUUCUGGACUACGACGCCUGAAGGCGAAGAAUGGGAGCAAGCAUUUCAAAAUAUUGCUGAAGUGCGCAGACGCUGUUUGGAAUCCAACGACCACCCCAGGUUGUAUGUGGCCGGUCAAGUAUUCCAAUUUUGGAUCGACCCAGCACCAGGAAAGGACCCUAUCCGAAUUGUUAUCGAAAGGACGGAUGCCAAGAGAGUGUCAGGCGAAGUCAUCGUGCGACGUAGUAUCCUUUUGGACCAUAUUCCGACCAACUUUGAUGUGGCGUUUGCAAGAGCUAGAGAGGCGUUGAUGCUAGAUCACUCCAAACAAACAGAUCAAGGCCACCUUGAUCCCUCCAUGGAGGAAAGAACUGGAGAGAUCCAUCUAGACGAUCAUGUUAAACAGACUAGCCGUAAACAGAAACUGCCACCACCAAAACAGACUUCCAUCAUGGACGAUGUUUGGAGCACCUUAGCAAGAGUAGGACUUGCAGGCACGACUCACCGUGAAGGCGGUGAAGGGCAUGCCAUAGAUGAUACAGAGAAAGAAGAGAGCCAUAAAAGUGAAACAAAGGCCAUAGAAUAAAAGUAGACCGGGUGUCACUUACCGUAAUACAUAUUGCCUUCAAAAAGUAUGGUAAUUUUGUCACCACAUGCGCAUUCAAGCACAUUAGAGAAUCUGCAUGCACAUGCCUAAAAUCGGUGUAAGCAUGUGGCCUUACUUCGCCAUAGAUGCCAUUGUGAACCCAAGCCAAAAGACCCACACCCACAUCGUGUCAUUUUCAAAGCGUACAUAAUACAUUGUCAAUUAAUAAACUACAUUGGCC